UUUGAAAAAUGUCUGUGUUAUUUCAAAGUAUAAUAAAUACUGGAAAACCUUAUUCAUUUAGACAAAUAAUCAGCAAAUCUACAAGAAUCUGCAAAUGUUUCUCAAAAAGAAAAUUUUCAGAUAUUUCAAGGAGGUUUUUAUCAUUUGAUGAAGUCGUCGCGCAGAGAAGGGCUGAAGCAAAACGAAGUCUAGUUGUUCAAGUCAAUUCAGAAGCAUCUUUUAAUGAAUUGUACGGAUAUUGUUCUAAAUAUGCUUCCGUCAAUGGUAUACAUCAUUACAAAAAUUCUGGAGACGAGCAUUUUAUGCUCAUCGAGUUCAAAACUGAAGAAGAAAGUAAGAAGGUCAUACACUCCUGUAGCUCACAUCAAAAAGAUGUUGACGUUAUGGCUUUACAUUCACCAUUUCUAUGGUUCAGAGCGGUCUCAGGAAAGAAAGAAGCAUUCCAGAUUCCUAAAUCACAACUCAUGACGACAAAAGGUUGCAAUUCAAUCGAUGAAGAUAACUUAAUUGAAGAGUUAGCAAAUUGUGAGGAUGUGUCAGAACAAAUUCAACAGAUGCACGAUAGGACAGCUUUGAAUGAUCUAGGUGUGAGAUUGAGGUAUAUGGUAGCAAGGCAGAUAGAAAGGAUAUUUGAAAGUCUGUAUGCCAAUAUAGUUGUGAGACCAUUUGGCUCAUCUGUGAAUGGUUUUGGUAAGAUGGGCUGUGACUUAGACUUGGUGCUUACCAAUAUCCUGAAUGAAGAAAUGUGUGACUCAUCAAAGAGAUUGGUAUAUCAAGAGAAGAAGUGCGAAGGUGGUCGCAGUCCUUGGCAGCGACACAUGGAGCUAGUUGGAGAAUUGUUAGAACUAAGAGUGCCUGGUGCUACUAGAGUACAGAGGAUACUGCAUGCAAGAGUCCCCAUCGUAAAAUAUGCCCAUGAAUUCACUGAUGUUGAUUGCGAUCUUUGUUAUAAUAAUAUGUCUGGAGUAUACAUGUCAGAAUUGCUUUGGCUCUACGGUUCUCUGGACCCCAGGGUUCGACCGCUAACAUUUGUAGUCCGUCGAUGGGCUCAAACAGUGGGCCUCACCAACCAACACCCUGGGCGGUGGAUCACAAACUUCCCACUGACUUUGAUGGUACUGUUCUUUCUCCAACAGAAAGGCAAGGAUGGAUGUGUUCUACCAUCAUUGAAAACUCUUGUUCAAUAUGCUGGAAAAGAAGAUGUUAGAUUAGCAGAAGAGAAUCUAAACUGUACAUUCCUGAGAGAUAUGAAUAAAUUGCCAACAGACACAUACGGACAGAAUAAAGCUAAUCUAGAAACAUUACUGCUACAGUUUUUCGAAUUUUACGCUCAAUUCGACUUUCAUGACAAAGCUAUAUCGAUUAACGAGGGGGUGGCUAUACGGAAGCCAAACACUCUACCAUUGUACAUAGUGAAUCCUUUAGAACAAGCCUUGAAUGUUAGCAGAAAUGUGAGUUAUGAGGAGUGCGAGAGGUUGAAACUAGAGGUCCGCAACGCAGCGUGGCUGUUAGAUGCAGGUUUGGAUGGUAAGAAAACUGACGGGUGGGGCAUAUUGGGCCUUAUUGAGAGAAAAAGCACCAGAGGCCUAAAAAAUCUGCUGAAAGUAGGAAAUUCACACCGGCUUGUCUCCGUGAAGGAUUUAUUCAACAAUGAUGACGACAAAAUUGAGAAAGUGAAUGCGAAAAGAAAUAGUGAAAUGAAACAGGUGCUCGCUCAAGUUGAUAAUAAACCAAAGGAGAAAAUUAAGUUCAAGAACACGCAGGUUGCUAGUGAAGUUUAUAGGAUACGUAGGGAUAAAAUUAUAUGAGACUGGAUUUCAUUAAAGUGACUUUAGUAAAUAUGUGUGUGCGUUUAAAAACACAUUCUAGUUGUGUAUCAUGUUACACUAAUUUAAUUUUUGAAAAUUUGCAAGCUGAUUGGGACCAGCAAGGAUAUAUUAAGUCAUCACUCGAAUUGAUUUUGUGAUUGUAUUUUUUAUCUUAAGAAACGCAAACGAAAAAUUGUUACCUUUAUAUUGGAGUUAAUAAGUAUGUUAUAUGUUUAGGUUAGGACUUGCAGUGCUAAUAAUUGUUUCAGUUAUAGUAAUAAGUUGAUAUGAUCCAUUUAUGAGCUUACACGGCUCACUAUUAAAGUGCUAUAGUAGAAUUCUUUUGUUUGUGCAGUUUGGGUCAUAAAACAUAGCCCGGCUAGGGCGGUGAGCAUGUUGCGCGGGCGCAACGCCAUUAUCGAUAAAAAAAAAUGAGUCAUCGCAGGCAGGUAUACGGCGACGGGGCGGUAUAUGAAAGGUGGUGACGAAGACAUUGUUAUGUUAGGAGUCAUUUGCUGUACCUACCUGCAAAUUAUAGUACAUAAAUAUGUCGAAGAGAAAUGUGAUUUUGUGCAUUCGCUCUCUGAAUUUCUUUAGUGACACAAUGGCUACUCCUUUAUUUUGUAUCAAAACGGCAGAAUUUAUUCAAAUAUUUUGCUUGUUGGCAAAAAUAUACCAGCACAAGCACGUGUUAUUAUCUAGUGUGUUAAAAAUUUUCACUGAAAUGAGAAUAGAUCCCGAAAAGUUACAAAUGUUAAUUUCUGUCAUUUUCGUUAACUUGCUGCGGCGAU